AUGUCGCACAACCCACAGAACGGAGAUAGCAGUGGUGACUCUCACACUCGCCCUUCAGCAGAUGUGCGUACAUCGGUGGCUGCAUUUACGGGAAUGGAAGCCGAGGUUCCCGUGGCAGAAGAACUGGAUGCCUCAAGACACGCAGCCUCAGAUGGAUCUACGUUGACGCCACGGCAUACUGCAGCUCAGCCCCGGAGUAACGUCGACACGCUAGUAAACAACCAAAAAGACCAGACUUCGGGAAGAACUCUACCAAUUCAGAUGUAUGGUGAGAACCUGGCAGAACGCGAUACAGCAGCAUUCGACAAGCCGAAAUGCCUUAUGAUCGGUACGACGAUCACAUGUGGGAUCUGUGUUAAUACAGGUCGCGUGCUCAACAGUUUGAAAGACCAUCAAGGCAACUGCCACAUGUGCUCCGAUAUAAAUGGACUUUUCGCGCUUGAGAGGAGGAUACAUGAAAACGAUCUCCAGGACGCCAACCAGGCCUGGCAAGCCCAGAUCGACGCUAUAAGGGCGGAGACAGAGAAGCUGAAUGAGGUCAUUCAAACGUUGAAAGAACGCGAGAACGCUACGGAGGUGGAACUGCGACAGCUGGAAGAACGAUGCGCCCGGGACCUUGAAGAUGCCGAUCGGCAAUGGCGGGCCUAUUGUACUGGUCUGCUGAGCAGAUUGGAAGACCUAGAGCACGACAACCAGUACCAUACUGAUCUGAUCAAUCGCAAGGAGGCAGAGUUGAGGCAGGAAAGGAAAGCAAUGUCCAAACAGCAAUGCUGGCAGGACUACAUCACCACUCACAAAGAAUCCAUGGAAAAACAGAGGGUGCGACUCGCAGAGCUUGAGAGUGUUAACGAAACUUUGCAAAGCCGUCUCAAUAUCCUGGACUCCGAAGCGAAACAGAAACCAAAAUACAGCAAUGAGCUGGGAAGUGUCACCCAGGCUUUGCAACCCCACUUCAGCACCACGACCAAGCAAUUUGAGCGAGAGAAUCACGAAUACGAAACAGACGCUGGAGAUGACAAUCAGGCUUGCCAAACUCACAUUGAUGGUUUGAACAAAGAACUGGUGACUACACACCUCUCCAUGCAGACGCAGAACCCGGCAGAAGAGCAUUUUCAAACAGAGUGUAAGGCAAAGAACGACUACAUCGACGAACUGAGGGCUAAGACGAAGGAGGCAGAGGUGAAGGGUAAAGAAUUGGACAAGCUCCUUGAAGCGCGAAAGAAAACUCUACGAGCUCUCAAGGACGAGCUGAGGGGUUCACAGCCGUUGCAAGAGUUUACCUUCAAAGAGACGAAGAAGGGCAGGAAGGGAGGGAAGAAAUAA